AACCUACAAGCGAAUUCUUAGUUAUGAAUACUAAGUAUAACGAUUACACUAAAAAUACGUACGAGAAUCUUAUCAACAUUGCUAAUAAUUGGGUUUUUGAGGAAAGUGAUGUAGGAAGUCCCAUUUAUGGUUUUAAUGGACAAGUGGUGGGAGCGGCACAAAAAAAGGCAAAAAGGAAAUCCGAAGUUCAAUUUCAGGUGUCAGAAGUUAGUUUCGAAGAUAGAGGUUUUCCUCUAACUUUCAUAAUGUGUCCUUGUAUGCAAUACAAAGAAGCGUUGGUGAAUAUGUUUGUGAAUUCGCCAGUGGUACAGGAUGCUUUAAAAGAAGAGGAAGAACAUGAUAUUCUUGCUCUACCAGUAAACAGAAAAGAAUUUACAGUUUUACUUCCUAAGACGUUUCCCACAAUUCAUCAUGAGGAUCCGUUAAAAUGGCGGUACUUAGAUGAAAUGCCGAUAAAAAAGUGUGAAUGUAAUCAAUUAACAGAUCUAAAUUUGUUAGAUGAUACAACGCAAGAUAAUGUACUAAACAUUUUGUCUAAGUGGCAUUGCACUUGUGCCAAGAAAGUAACUUCCUCACAAACGUCUACAAGUGAGAUUCCCUCUACAUCUGUGGAAAACAUAGUGACGGAAGAGAGUGAAUUGAUAUAUUUUAUCCACCGCCGUUGCGCAGUGUAAAAUCAAUACCCGCGACUAGCGGGCGCUUAGUGCUGCAGCCUGGUGACCUGGUUAGAUGUAAAUACUCGUUCAGUCCGCAAGUGGAGGGCAAUUUUAGUGUUAAACGAUACGUCGAAGUCAGCGGGUGGCCAGACUCCAGAGUUGAUAUUAACGUUGUUGGUAUAUGCGAUUUACCAAGACUGGAUAGUAGACCAAAAAAAAUGUUCCAAAACUUCGCUAGAAGAGCCGUAGAGGACAAAGUAUACAAAGUGACUUACUUAGAUAAUCUCAAGAUGUUUGAAUUUGGACCCAUAUUUAUAGGAAACUUUAGAAUAUAUGAAGAAGAAUACACAAUUGAUUUGAAAAACUCUUCUUUAAUUACGGCUGAUGUUGAAAUAGAGUUCCAAGAGGAAACUACCGUUUUUCAAAUUGACAAAGAUUUCAUUACAUUAGAGCCGGGAUGUCGUGGAAAAUUGACUAUAUCGGCAGCCCCCGCUGAAGUUGGAAUCCAUAAUAGCGUGCUACUUUUUUGUGUAAAAGAUAAUCCAGAGAUUAUAACGAUUAAUAUUGGUUGCAGUGGAGUAGUACCCGUAGUAGAAAUACUACCACUUACUAAGCAAAUUGAAUACGGAAAACUUUUACUGUAUCGUCGAGAAGAUGACAGAUUCAUUGUCAAGAAUGACUCUAUUUUGCCAAUAAUGUGGAAAAUACGGAAUUCCCAGGAGUUCAUGGAAGAUUUUAUUAUAGCUCAAACAUCAGGCAUCGUACCCAGACAGGAUAAUCAAGUAGUUCCAGUGACAUACAUUGCGUGUAGAGUCGGUGUUAUUUCGCAUAAAACUCUCACAAUUGAUAUAUACGACGCGGAUGGCCGAGGUGAACCAAUGUUAAUUGACACCUUAUACUUAUCGGCCGAGUGUUACGAUGUCAUGGUUGAAUGUGCCUACGAAAAUCCCGCUGAAACGUAUCUUAAUUACGGAAACGUGAAAGUAAAUUCCACUGUGGUCAGAGAAAUGUAUUUGUUGAACCGUGGCAAAUAUAACAUUUAUUUUAAGUAAGUCCUACUACCUAUUUUAUAUAAUU